GCAGACAGGCGGGUCCAUCUUUGUACAGGGAGCGGGAGCCAGUCUGGAUGAACCAGUCCAGUUCAAAGUGACAGCAAGUGGUCCACACAAACAUAUCUGGGAGACUGUGGUCCAACUGGCAAUGACUGACCCACCAUCACCUCAACAACAUGAAAAUGAGGUCACAAAGAAAGAUGGAAGAGUCACUGAGACAAAGGAGAAGAGGGAGGCAUUUGAAGCACCACCUCCUGUCAUCAAGUUCUCAGGGUCUAGCCUGAACAGCUCUAAGGGUCUCCGGAGGCAGAAGAGGGACUGGGUGAUCCCACCAAUCAACGUGGCUGAAAAUUCCCGAGGACCUUUCCCUCAGAUGCUCGUCAGUAUUCGCUCAGACCAAGACCAGGACAUCUCAAUCAGAUAUAGCAUCACUGGGGUGGGAGCAGAUCAACCACCCAAUGAGGUGUUCAAUAUCGAUCCUGUGCUUGGGAAGAUGUUCGUCACCAAACCUCUUGAUCGAGAGCAUCGCUCUUCUUACCAUUUGCGUGCCCAUGCUGUAGACAUGAAUGGGAACCAGGUGGAGAACCCCAUCGAUCUCUACAUCUUUGUCAUUGACAUGAAUGACAAUAGACCCGAGUUCAAAAACCAGGUCUACAAUGGCUCUGUAGAUGAAGGCUCUAAACCAGGAACGUAUGUAAUGCACCUGUCGGCGUUUGAUGCCGAUGACAACACUACAGCCAAUGGAAUGGUGCGCUAUCGAAUCCUGUCUCAGACGCCACAUAGCCCCAUUCCCAACAUGUUCACCAUCAACAGUGAGACUGGAGAUAUUGUGACGGUGGCCACUGGUCUGGAUCGAGAGAAACUGUCUCAGUAUACCAUCAUUGUACAGGCCACGGACAUGGAGGGUAACCUGAACUUCGGCCUUUCCAACACAGCCACCGCCAUCAUCACUGUCACGGACAUCAAUGACAACCCUCCCAUGCUGACCUCCAGAACUUUUUCCGGUGAGGUCCCAGAAAACCGAGUGGAUGUUGUGGUGGCUAAUUUGACGGUGAUAGAUGCUGACCAACCACACUCGCCCAACUGGAAUGCCAUCUACAGGAUCAUCAGUGGAGACCCAUCUGGGCACUUCACCAUCCGCACUGACCCUGUCACCAAUGAUGGCAUGGUUACCGUGGUUAAGCCAGUAGAUUUUGAGAUGAACCGUGCCUUCAUGUUGACGGUGGUGGUGUCCAACCAGGCCCACCUAGCUAGUGGCAUCCAAUCUUCUCUCCAAUCCACAGCUGGGGUCACCAUAUCUGUCCAGGAUGUCAAUGAAGCCCCUUACUUUCCCACAAACCCUAAACAUAUCCGCUUUGAGGAGGGGGUCCCUGCAGGCACCAGCCUGACGACCUUCUCAGCUUCAGAUCCUGACCGACUACAGAUGCAACAGACAAUCAGGUAUUCAAAGCUGAAUGACCCUGCAGACUGGUUGUCCAUCAACAGAACUAAUGGUCAGAUAGUAACCACAGCGAUGCUCGACCGGGAAUCCAUCUAUGUCAAAAACAAUGUAUAUGAAGCCACAUUCCUGGCAACAGACAACGGCUCUCCUGCAGCCAGCGGCACAGGAACGCUGCAGAUCUAUCUGAUAGAUAUUAAUGACAACCCCCCAGCGCUCAUACCCAGGGAGUCUCAGAUCUGUGAGAGAUUGAACAGGAACGUCAACGGUGUCAACAUCACAGCCGCUGACGCUGACACGGACCCCAACGCCGGACCCUUUGUCUUCGAGUUGUCAAACUUCCCCACCAGCAUUCGACGCAACUGGACAAUUUCUCGGAUUAGUGGCGACUAUGCCCGUCUGGGUCUGCGAAACCAGAUAUAUUUAGAGCCGGGGAUGUAUGAGGUCCCUGUGAUUGUGUCAGACUCGGGGAACCCUCCAUUGUCCAACAGGUCAGUCAUCAAAGUGAAGGUGUGUCCCUGCGAUGAAAACGGAGACUGCACCACUCUUGGAGCCGUGGCAGCCGCUGGCCUGGGAACUGGAGCCAUCAUCUCCAUUCUCAUCUGCAUCAUCAUACUGCUCAGCAUGGUGCUGUUGUUUGUGGUGUGGAUCAAGCGCAGGGAGAAGGAAAGGCAGACUAAGCAGCUGCUAAUUGAUCCUGAAGAUGAUGUCAGAGACAAUAUCCUCAAAUAUGACGAAGAGGGAGGAGGCGAGGAGGACCAGGACUAUGACCUGAGUCAGCUGCAGCAGCCUGACUCCUUGGAGCAUAUCAUCAGCAAGCCGCCUGGCGUCCGCAGGGUGGAUGAACGUCCCAUCAUCCCUGAGUCCCAGUACCCAAUCAGACCUGUUGUGCCCCACCCUGGAGACAUUGGGGACUUCAUCCAUGAGGGUCUGCGAGCAGCAGACAACGACCCCACUGCUCCUCCUUAUGACUCCCUGCUGGUGUUUGAUUACGAGGGCAGUGGCUCCACUGCUGGCUCUGUCAGCUCGCUUAACUCCUCUAGCACAGGGGAUCAGGACUAUGACUACCUCAACGACUGGGGACCUCGCUUUAAGAAGCUGGCCGACAUGUACGGAGGAGGGGAUGAUGAUUAAAUCUGCCCAGUCACACAUGCACACAUACACACACACCCUCGUCCCGUCAGCUGGCCUGCCACGCUCUGUCCCUCUAACAAAUGGGGUUAUUACACCCUUACUGAAUACAUGUUAACAAUGACAUGUUCACACUGACCAAGUGACUGACCUACCAACCAAUCAAAUUACUCACCACAGAGGACCAGUGCUGUGAGUCACUUUCGGGUGCUCUUCUCAGCCGCCUACUGCUCGAAGCCUGUCUAAGACUGAAACGGAAGCUCUGAAUUGCAGGCUUCUCAUUGUUUGUAUUUUUAAACUCUCGUGCUUUAGUUUCAGUUUCAAUUUUAUGCUAGAUGCAGGUUUAAUUCUUUUUGUCUGAUUCUGUUUUCUGUCUGGUUUGUACACUUUUUGUUUUUGUUUUUUUCAAUUUUUUGUCUGUCCCCCUCUCCCCUUCUAUUCGAGCCAUUCUCUAUUCCUGAGGGUUUUCACUUUUCCCUUGCUGUCAGCCCCCGCCUGCCUUUCUGCAGAAGCUUUAGGUUGAGCUGCUUGCUUUGUCUGAGGAGAACAAAAGAAGAAAAUAGAAGAACAAGAACACAGAUAUGAAAGUCCUUCCUGCACAGAGGGCCAUGGUUUAUUCUUUCUUGAACUUGAAUUACUUAGAACAGAAGCACUGUUGUUUAAAAAGUGCCUUCAGUGGUGCAUAUUUUACCAGACUCCCGCUAACUCAGGAUUGGUUGCCAUUUUCUGGGCUUACAUGCCCCCAUAUGACCCCUGACCCUUUAACUCAGACCUUCCCUUGUCAUUUCUGUUGUCCGAUGGGGCUGCGGUAGCUGCGGGAGAUGUCAGUGCUGGUUUCAGAGGAGCACUGACUGGGUUACGAGGGCGCUUUAUGUACACGUACUGUACAGAGGCCUACAGUGUGUCUGUACUGCAAGUUAGGGACAAAUCAUUAACUUUUCAUGUCGGGCAUAUCUGUGCUUCUAGAUCCCAACCAACUUGAAAGUGAUUGGUGAAAUCACAAAUAUACAAAAUGGGACUGUCUUAGAAAAGAAAUGCAUUGCGUGUCCUUGUUUAUUGUGGCUUCAAUAGCAGCUGUGUUUGUUUUGAGCUCUCAGUAUUGAAACUUGAUAAGGCUUGUUACAAAAUUUUGAAGACUGAAGUCAAGUGUGUUGCUUAUUACUGUAUGUGAAAGUACCUAUGAGGGUUAUUUAAGGAAACUUUGCUGUUAAGAUCAUUUAAGGUUUGCAUGUUUAACCCUACACCCAAAGUAAUUAACAUGGCACCAAUUAUUGUGUGGUAAAUGUGUCAAAGAAAAACUAUGUAAACUGUAAAAACACAAGGGAAAAGACUAGAUGACUUCAAGCAGCUCAGAUGGUGUUACAUUGUGAGCUACAUUGUGAGUCUCUUUUCCUUCUUUUUAUUUUAUUUUUCACUGUUGUUUCUUGACAAACUUUUAAUAUACAAACUUUGGUGCUGGUCCCUGUCACAGAAACUGGGGGAGCUGAGCCUCAGCCAGGGAUUUAGCGCCUUCACAAUCUGUCUCUCUUCAGGCAGCAUUUCAUUCAUCUGAAAUUUUCUCCUGAAUUUGUUGGCUGCAAGUUCAAGAGGUUUUGAAAAGACGUUAGAGGAAGGGAAAGUCUGUUAUGAAGUUCUACACUAAAUCAAAGCAGGCUUGCAAAACUAAACCUUCAGUAAUAGCGCUUUAAGAGACAGACAUUUUGAGAGACAGUUGUGUUAUGACAUAAUGAAAAAGCAGCACUACCCAUGGGCUUUUGUAAUCAUAUUCCAGGCUCCCAGAAAUGCAUAUAGAGAACUGGAAAAAAGAGCUUUAGUCUUUGUAUUUAAAUAUGCAAAAUAUCUCACAAAAGAACCAGGGAAAUGAUGGAAAGGUUUAGUUAUUCCUUAUCUCCUUAGUGCCCAUUGAAAUACUCCUUAGUGGAGUUUAAACUUGAAGUAGAUUAACCAGAUCUUAAAUUAAUUAGGAAUGUGAUGAAUGCUUGAAGGAAAUCUUCAUAACAGCAGUGUUCUUUAGGUGAUGCGAUGACAAGCAUCCACCACUUACUUGUUUGUGUCAUGCUGCUUUUAAGCUCUUCCCCACCUGAGAAUGGUUCAUUUUAACAAUCUUUGGUUUUCACAAAUGGUCAAAUGAGCCCACUGUGAGAAGAAGUACCUGCACUUUCAGCGUGAAUGGAAAGAAGAUAAAUGCUGAUGCAAAUAUCCAUCAUGCCAAAAUAAGGAUGAGAGUCCCUUUUGACUGUAAACAAGAGAAGUAUUCUUAGAAAGGUUAACAGGGUAGGAUUCUCUUGAUUUAGAUUCUUAGAUAAAUGGGUGUAAAUUGAAGCUUGUAGCACAGAAACUGACAGUGGUGAUUUUCAGGACAGCUGUCAGCUCAGAGCGGAAACAGAGUGGAGAAAAAGGAAUGGUUUUCACAGCUUGCUUUGGGUUAAACUCUGAUCUAUCCGAUUGCUCCUCAUCCUACAGAAUAAACACAGCUGUUACUUUCUGCUAUUUGUGAUAAUUUCCGACAUAUAAAUGUUGUGUAUACAGAACAUUUUUAUACAUUUGGUGACAUGAUUGGUCUGUUUCUGUGUGGUCUUUGCUAUUUCUUUCACUCCAGUUUUGACAAGGUAUAUUUCACCACCAAAAGCCAUGUGCAUUUACAGUAAGAGAAUCUGUGUGAUUCUAUACAAGCUUACAGCCAUACUUGUCGCUGUUCAAGUUAAGCUUCAUCGUGGGGAUAAGGUUCCAUUUCAAACCAACUUGUACAGUCUAUAUUAGCACACACUCUCUCCUCUAGGCCUUACUGUAUAUAUGUGAGUGUUCUAUAUUAUAUGAGCUCUUUCAGCAGUGUUAUAAUUCACCUGUGGAGCUCCAACAUUACUGAAGGCCAUCCAGGAUUCACAGCAUAAAUGCAUGCGUCAUGAAAUGCCCAUGCUCUCUUAACAGACAUUCAGACCAGACACACACACACACUUUACACAAGGUAAUUGAACUUUUUAACUGUGUCAUAGUUAUGUACAUGACACAGUGCCAUUAUGAUGCUGAAUGUUAUCACAAUGACACAUGACAGCAAAUCAUCGGUGAAGUCGGUCACACCCGGCUACCAUUUAAAUGCAAUUAGUGAGGGGAAAUGAAGGGAGAUUGAUCAUUACUUGUUGUAUCCUUGCUCCACUCUAAAGUGAGGGAGAAAAUUAGAAUGAAGGAAGAACUAUUGCACUGCUGUAGUCCUUCACCUUCUGGCUUGUCAACAGUGGCUCCUCUGUAUCUCUGACUAAUGUUAGGUAAAGGAAACUUGGUCUCAUUAAGGACACUGCCAGACAAUGGAAACACACAUGACGGGAGACUCCAGCAAAAGCCAGAUGUUUGUCCUGCUUUGGCCAGAAUCACAAAGACAGGCAGCAGUGUUUCAUGUGAAUCCUCCCAAUUCUCCUCCAAGUCCAAGUGUACAUAAUGUAGUAUUUGCUUGAAGCUAAACAGACCAAGUAAAGCAAAUUGUAAUUGUACAAUUGGAGCUUUUUGCAUGUGUCUUUUCUAUAAUGGACAGAUGACUUCUAUUACAGUAAUCAUACAACAUUUCAAAAUGUGUCGCAGCCCGCAUGACCGAGGUUGCAGUCCAGAAAGGAUUCUGGUGUACCAUACUCGCAUAGUUUCAAAUGGAGGAGAAAAAAUGCUGAAAAAAAAAACUUGCACAGUUAUCAAGUCAAAAGACUUUUUUUUGUAAAAUGUCAACAGCACAAAUUUUUGUAUUGUUGUUUGUACCGUUUUGUAAGAAAAUGAAGAAAAACAAACAAACAAACACAAAAAAAGACUGAAUCUGUUGUUUCAAGCGUGUGUUUAUAGUGCCACUGCAAUCUGGGUUUCCAAAUACCGUACCGUACAUGUGCAGCCUUGCAGAUCGACCUUGUAAUAUAGACGCAGAGCUGGAGACUCCCUGUCAGCACCAUGUGUUAUAAAUAAAAAUGUCCCCUCCUUAUAAGAA